AUGGAUUAUUAUCUGUGCAUGCAGGUGUUGUUGAAGAGACCAAUUUGUGAACAAUGGCCCUUCCCACGUUGUCCAAACAUAAAGAUUGCUCCGCAGCUGUUAUUUGCAGAACCUGUCACCGUUCGCCGCGCUGCCGCUGAGCCAGCCAGCUGUCCCGGAGCGCGCUGCGCGGGGCACCGCCCACCGCUGACAGCGCCGCCCGCCUCCCCCCGCCCCCGCCCCCCGCGUGCGCCGCUGCCCACCGGCCGCGCCACGUGCCCCAGGGGCCCAGCUCCGAGCCGAAACCCGCGGCCGUCGCCCUUUUCCUGGGUGCUGGCCGAGUUGCCAAAUCUCGGUCGGGAUCCUCCCUUCCCGCUCCGUAUUCGUCCGGGCACGAAAGCAGAAUCGAGGGGUAUUCGUCCGGGCACGAAAGCAGAAUCGAGGGGUGUUCGUCCGGGCACGAAAGCAGAAUCGAGGGGUAUUCGUCCGGACACGAAAGCAAAAUCGAGGAACGGAGUUGCUUGGACAAUUCACAUAGAGUGGAUGGUGAGCUACCCAAGAAGCAGUAUUUCAUAAUAGCUUUCAGCCCUGAACUUCCAACAAU